UGAAUAAUGGGAAGAUCAAGGCUUGGCUGUAUGACAACAUGGGAUCCAGGGUUGAUUAUGAUGCUCCAGGCCACUCAUGUACUACAAUGGCUUAUAGUGCUGAUGGAGCAAGGCUCUUUUCUUGUGGCACCAGUAAAGAUGGUGAAUCAUACCUCGUGGAGUGGAAUGAAAGUGAAGGUGCUGUGAAACGUACUUAUGUUGGCCUUGGGAAAAGAUCUGUUGGGGUGGUGCAAUUUGAUACUACUAAAAACAGAUUCUUGGCUGCUGGCGAUGAGUUCAUAAUCAAAUUUUGGGACAUGGAUAAUACAAACCUCUUGACUACUGCAGAUGCUGAUGGUGGAUUACCAGCAUCUCCAUGCAUCCGAUUUAGUAAAGAAGGGACACUUUUAGCUGUAUCAACCAGUGAAAAUGGGGUUAAAAUAUUGGCAAAUGCUGAUGGUGUUCUCUUGAAAGCCGUGCUCUUGAUCCCUCCAGAGGUCCUCCUGGUGCUGUUGCCAAGGCACCCAUGAUCAGCACAUAUGGUGCUUCUAGUUCAACUGCUGGAACUAGCAUCAGUAUUGCGGAUAGAACUGCGCCAGUGACGGCCAUUGUUCAACUGAAUGGAGAUAACCGCAACCUGCAAGAUACCAAGCCUAGGAUUCCUGAUGAGCUGGAGAAAUCCAAAAUUUGGAAAUUAACUGAAAUUAGUGAACCUGCUCAAGUUCGUUCCUCGAGGCUUCCAGAUAAUCAACUGUCCGUGAGGGUAAGGAUGUGGUAC